AUGAGGUGGAUUUGCAUCUGUGAACAGCUAUGGAUUACAAUAGCAGUGGUAGCGGCAACAUUUGUGAUAGCUUCUUCAAAUUCAGAAUCACCACCGUCAUUGGCCUCGGUGCCAUGCCCUUACACCUCCAUCUUCAGUUUCGGAGAUUCCCUCGCUGACACUGGCAACUUGUAUCUGGCUUCCUACCCCCCUUCCAGCCACUGCUUCUUCCCUCCCUACGGUCAAACCUUCUUUCACCACGUCUCUGGUCGCUGUUCCAAUGGUCGCCUCAUCAUCGAUUUCAUAGCUGAGUCACUGGGACUUGCAAUGGUGAAACCAUAUCUGGGAAUUAAGAUGAAGGGAUGGGAUAAGAAAGGGGGAGCGAAUUUUGCUGUUAUUGGAGCGACGGCGUUAGAACCAAGGUUCUUUGAGGAGAGGGGCGUUUCUAUCGCAACCAAUGAUUCUUUGACAGCUCAAUUGAAUUGGUUCAAAGAAUUGCUUCCUGCUCUCUGCAAUUCUUCCUCAGAUUGUCAUGAAGUUUUCAGGAGCUCAUUAUUUCUAAUCGGUGAAAUUGGAGGAAACGAUUUCAAUUAUCCUUUCUUUGCACAAAAGAACAUAGCAGAGAUUAAAUCAUAUGUUCCAUAUGUAAUCAUUGCAAUAGCUUCAACUAUCGAAGAGUUAAUUGGUCUAGGGGCUCGCACACUCAUAGUUCCAGGGAAUUUACCAAUUGGAUGUAGUGUAACCUAUUUAACAAUUUAUGAAACCAUGGAUAAGAACCAAUAUGACCAAUCUGGAUGUUUGAAGUGGUUAAACGAGUUUGCUGAAUAUUACAACCAUGAGCUCCAAAGUGAAUUAGAUAAGCUUCGAGGACUUCAUCCUCAAGCUAAUAUCAUCUAUGCUGAUUAUUACAAUGCUGCAUUGCCUUUGUAUCGUGAUCCUACAAAGUUUGGUUUUACUGGUCUGAAAAUCUGUUGUGGAAUGGGAGGUCCAUACAAUUACAAUGCAUCAAGACUUUGUGGCCAUCCAAGCGUGAUUGCUUGUGAUGAUCCUUCCAAGUAUAUUGGAUGGGAUGGCGUUCACUUAACUGAGGCUGCAUAUAAAUUCAUUGCUCAAGGUUUAAUAGAAGGACCUUAUUCUCUCCCUCAAUUUAGUUCGUUGUGUUUCACGAAUGUAAGUUUUGGCUAUUUCAAUAGCUGA